AUGGCUGUUUCGAGGACACCCAGUAAAUUCGCCAAAACAGUUCAGGAAUGCGAGAGAAAUAAUAAGGAGCGUGCCUCUUCUCAAUCAUCAGUCUCAGGUAAAGAUGAACGUAGGACUAUAUCUGAAAAACCAACGCAACUUGCUCAACCUAAUCAAUACAAUGGUCCUGCAUUACCAAGGGAUGUAAAGACUAAUGUUGUCACGGAUGCUACCACCAGAGCAGCUGCAGAUUCUACUAAAAAAACAUAUUCCAGUAAUCCAACGUACAGCAAAGGAAAUACAGUUACUGAUGAGGAUUUAGAAAAACUCUCUGAAGCACUUUAUAUCAAAGAGACGAAUAAUGCAAAUCAAUAUAUAACAGUUAAUCUACAAAAACGUACCACCAGUAGCAAUCUGAUGGAUCAAGCUCCGCAGCCGCUAUUGACAAUAAGUUCCGAAGCUCUCCAAAUUCCUACGGUUCAAAGGGUGCUCUCCAUAUUCGAUAAUUAUCAAUUAGAUACUCAUACAAAUGAAUAUAUUAAUCCAACACAAAGACAAGAAGAAAGUUUCCUUCUUGACACUUUUUUGAGUACAAACGUAAUGUCCACUGCUAUGCGUUUUCUCGCAGAUAAAGGGUUUAUAAGGCGAGAUUAUUAUGAGUAUAAAGAUGCUUUAAGAAGACUUUGGUUCAAUCUAUUCUCACGUGGACAAGGUAAAAUUGGUAGCACUGGGUUUGAACACGUCUUUAUGGCAGAAACAAAACGAAUAGAUUCGGAUACACAGGUACUUGGAUUACAUAAUUGGAUCUAUUUUAAUGCAGAAGAAAUAAAGCAGCAUACUAAUUACUUAGGUUACAUUAAAAAAACCGAUUUAGGAAACAAGGGAUCUAUUAUUAAAAUGCAUGUAAAAUUCAAUAAUCACGAUAAACCGGUCACGACCAUAUUCGUCGGAACUUCGCCUGAAUUGGAAAUGUCACUUUACACCGUUUGCUUUUAUGCAAGGCCAGAUGGAAAUUGCCCUCUAUCUCUGGGAGGCACCAAGUUUAAUAUAAUAACACACAAAUUUAGAUAUAGAGGAAAAGAUUUAAUUGGAACAGCAUAUCCAGAAAUUUAAGAUUUGAAUUUUUGUGAAUGUAAACAUAUCUAAUUCAUAU